AUGUCUUCAUCACCAGCGUCGCCGACCUUCCCGAUACUCUACACGGAAAGACUCGAGCUCCGGAUGUUUGACCCGUCACGGCCCUCCGACUACAAGGCCAUCCUGACCAUCUACGAAAGCGAUUUCAUCCUGCGCACGGUGGGUGACCCGGGUGUGCACACGCGCGAGGACCUCGACCUCCGCAGCCAAAAGUUCCACCUGCGGCCCCGGACCUCCGACAACGACGGCGACGAAGACGACGCCGACUCCUCUACGAAACCCCUCCCCUCGCACCCGUGGCAUUUGAUCUACCUACGCGGUACCGACACGCUGGUCGGGACUGUGUCCUUGUUCCACCGCCACCCGCUCCCCUACCCGGACAUGGGCUACGCCGUGCUCGAGCCCUACAUGGGCCGCGGCUUCGCGACCGAGGCCGCCCGGGCCGCGCUGCGCUGGUGGACCGACGACAUGGGCGUGCCCAACAUCUGGGCCGCCGUGUUCGACACCAACGCCGCCAGCCACCGCGUCGCGCAGAAGAUCGGCUUCGUCCAUGGCGGCAUGGUGACGACCCUGCUCCGGGACGGCCGCGUCAUGCAGUCCAUCGCGUUUGUGCAGCCCGACAUGGGCCGCUGUCUAGACGGCUUGACUGUCGACCUGCGCCCGUGA